AUGUCUGGCUUCUACGCACGCUACGUGCCCUCAACGACAAGAACUGACGGCACCGCAAACACCGCCGAGGAACCUGUGGUCCAUGGGGACAAACGCAAGAGAGAACAAGAUGCAGCGAUCCACGAGAAGAGAGGCAAGAAGCCCAAAACUUCAAGGACCCCAGAUGAUCCUGUUGAAACCCCUCAUCUAUCAGCCCCAAAGAAAGCCGCUGUAGCCGUCAAAAGCCCUCCGACUGUGACAGGGAGGGCAGUUUUGGACAAAUAUCGCGUGAUAGAGGCUGUAGGAUCAGAGACCACCUCAACUACGGUUAGACCCAAGGCCUCGGAUGACCUGCAACAUGACAGUCCUGAACUGGAAGAUGGAAACCAACAAGCCCAAGACAGCUUGAGAAAGAGAAAGAAAGAGAAGCGAAAGAAAACAAGGGAAGAAAAAGAAGAGAAUGCAGAUGCCGCAGCACAUGCACAGAAGCACACUGCAUUGCUCACGAAAUAUGAAAAGUCAAGACAGCAAGACCAGAUAGAAACCAAGGCCAGUACAACAUCAGACGAAUCGCCCGCAGAGCUCCACGGUCUUGAACCCUUACCUCAACCAAAGCAGGUAGAGGUAGUAUCAGAGAAACCAAGCUAUUCUAUCCUUCCACGCUGGCAAGAGGAUCCUUUGAUCGUUUCUUUGAAUUCGACCUCAUCUUUCGAGUCACUCGGACUUCAGGAGCUCUUGUUAGACAAUUUGAAAAGACAAGGACUGCGACAUGCUCUGCCGAUACAAGGAUCAGUACUGCCUUUGUUGCUCAAUGGACCUAAUCAUCAUCCGGGUGACCUUUGCGUAUCAGCUGCGACUGGCUCCGGUAAAACUCUCUCAUAUGUUCUACCCAUUGUGGCCGAUUUGAAGGACAUCCCAGGUACAAAGCUCCGAGCUGUUAUCGUUGUCCCAACACGAGAGCUUGUAAAGCAGGUGCGUGAUCUGUGCGACACUUGUGCAGCAGGGACGUCUCUCAAGUUUGCAACCGCUGUGGGAAGCAAAUCUCUCGCCGAAGAGCAAGAUCUGCUUGUGAAGGAAGAAAAGAUCUACGAUCCAGAGGAAUACGAACAAUGGCAACAGAGUCCCAUCGACUGGACCAAUUUUUCGCUAUUAAGGCUGGCUCACAGUGUGAAAGAUACGGAUCCGAUGGAGUCGGUGGGCUAUGUCACACGGUAUAAAUCCAAGGUGGACGUACUCAUUACGACACCCGGUCGAUUAGUCGACCACCUCAAGUCUACUUUGGGUUUCACUUUCGACGACGUGAAGUGGCUCGUGGUCGACGAAGCAGACAGGUUGCUCAAUGAAAGCUAUCAGGAAUGGAUUGCCGUGGUCAAGCCAGCCCUGCAGUCACGGGCUGCAACCUCAAGAAGGGAUCAGAUUCUCCGCCACAUGAGGAUGACAAUCCCGAGACGAAAUGUCACCAAGGUCUUGCUUUCUGCGACCAUGACCCGUGACUUAUCUAAGCUCAAUGCUCUGGGGUUGUGGAAUCCACGGCUGGUCGUGCUGGGUGACAACCAAGAAAGGACCGGGACAAUCAGAGAGGGCACUGCGCCUGAACGGCUUGAAAAGCUCGCGGAAAAAGACAGUGAACCUGUCUAUCUACCUGAGACCCUCAACGAAGCCGUUAUUCCUGUCACCAAUGGCGCUGAAAAGCCAUUAUAUCUCCUGCAGCUUCUUUACAAUCAUAUCGGACUGUCUCAAAAGCUGUUAAACAUGGACGAUAGUGCUGGGCGUUCUUCACCACAAGCAAGCGUGGAAUCAAACCCCACUUCGUCAUCAGAAUCCAGCUCAGAAGCUCCGACGUCUUCAGAAGAUGAGCGGGACGCGGAUAUGGACCCUGAAUCAGACACGCGUGGAGGUUUGACGGCUUCCAGUCUUGACGUGAAGAAUGCCUCAGAGAGUCAAAGCAUGACAAAGGUACCGCGAGCUUUGAUUUUUACUCGCUCGACCGCUUCAGCAACCAGACUCUCUCGAUUGUUAUGUAUCAUCGAACCUCUUUUAGCUCCUCGAAUCUCGACCCUGACGCGCAGCACUGCCUCGUCUGCCUCGUCACGCCGGGCCUUGGCUUCUUUCCGCAAGUCAAAGAUAUCAGUCUUGAUCGCCACAGACCGCGCCUCUCGUGGCCUGGAUGUACCUGGUCUUGAGCAUGUCAUCUCCUACGAUGUCCCAAACAGCCCUUUGACAUACGUGCAUCGUGUCGGCCGAACUGCUCGGGCUGGCAGAGUUGGCCAUGCAUGGACGUUCGUGGAACACAGGGAAGCAGCUUGGUUUUGGCGUGAGAUCGGAGGCAAAGUCAAGCACGCAGUGUCGGGAACGGGCAUUGGCGCAGUUUCGAUUCAUAGGAAGACCAAGAUUUCCAAGCUCAAUCUGAGCGUGGAGGGAAUAGACCUCAGAAAGAAAUACGAGGCGGCUCUGCAGCAACUAGAGAAAGAAGUGCUGGGCAAGUAA